CUCUUAUGGGAACAUUUCGUCAUUCUGUGUUCAACCGCCUUGCAGUAAAUACUAUUGAAGUAAAAAUCCAAAAUCGAAAUAUUUCUUGGAAAAAUGGCAGCUCGUCAAGUCGCAAACAUUGUUAAGUCUGGUGCUCUCCAGAAGUUGGCUGUCGCAGAGUCGGUCGUUGGUGGCAAGGUUGCCUGUGAAGGAUAUGGUGCUUCUUCGUAUGGCGCAGCAUAUGGACCAGCAAGCUAUGGUUACAGCAGUCCAGCAAGUUAUGGCGGUUAUGCUGGCUACGGCAGUCCAGCAGGUUACGGCAGUUACGGUUAUGGUAGCUAUGGUUAUGGCAGUCCAGCAGGUUACGGCAAUUACGGCAGUUACGGUUAUAGCUCACCUCAGAGUUACAGUCCUCAGGGUUAUGGACAGGGUUACGCACCUUCCGGAUAUGGACAGGGUUAUGGACAGGGUUACGCUCCUUCUGGAUAUGGAUAUGGUUCUAACUAUGGUUCUAGCUAUGGCUCCGGCUAUGGUUCCGGCUAUGGAAGUUACUAAAUUCUUCGGUUUUUAAAUUUUUUUUCCUGAAUAAAAUCAUUUCUUUCGGAUCUCUUAAA